CAAAACAUUAGAUUGGAAUAUUGGGAAGAUGAUGAUUUGCAUCAGAAAGCUGUAUGUCUAAGACAAAGCAGAAUCUUCUUUAUUGGGAAAUGAUAAUAGUUUAAAAAUAAGUUUUUAGUUUAAUUUAAUAAAUUUCAUUAAAACUGUAUUUGGUUGACCAAGUCAAGUCACAUGGUGAUUGUGACACAUAUGUACAACAUACAACAGAAACAUGCUGGUACCAACCAAGUCAUAAUGAAUAUCAUACAUAGUAGAACAAAACAUUAUAUGGAUUUGUCAUUCAUGUGGCGGAUAUGGCACACAUGGGACCACACAGGUGUAUGCGAUGAAGAUGAAUAUAUUGACCCAGUGUUUAUUAGACAACCUGCAGUGACAGGAGACUUUCUUAAUGAAAUAAAGAACGAGAAAUCAUUGGUUGAUUGCAUAGGAAUGCCCAUGGGGGGAUCAAUACAUGGAGUUUAGUAAACCAAGUGUUCAGUUGGACACGAAGUGUAAUAAUGUUAACAGGGGGGAUCCUGGUUCGUAGAAAACUAUCUACAGUUGAUCAAAAGGAGAAGAAAAAGGAAGACCAGCGAACAUGGGGAGUAUACGAUCUUCACGUACGUGGUCGCAUCAACCCCCGAUCAUGGGAGGCACUUGGUGUUAUUGGGAGUUUAGUUGUGAUCGGUAUCGGGUUUAAUACGGCAGCUACAGACCCGGGGUUGAAAGGAGCGAUAUUGAUGGGGGUUGGAUUGUUUUUGUUGAUUAUAUCGGUGGCUGCACUUCUACAGCAAAGGGAUAAGAAUUCUGUUGUAAUUAUCAUGAAGGAUUUAUACACCAUGUACAUAGAAGCGUACACCGAUCGUUUUGGUACGUUGAGGUUCAUGUAGCGGUUUAAUAUGGCGGGGAAACAACAGUCGUUAUACCACGGGUGUUCUGUCUCAUAUACACCUCAUGCCCGUUUACAAGUUACCACGUAUGUAACUUUGUGGAUGAUUGUUUUUCUGACCACCGGGUUGGAGCAAUUGCCGGUAAGUAUCUUGGCCAAGGGCGCCGACAAUGGUAGCAGUGACGCCCUAAACCAUCCUCUAGGGGGCAUGAUUAAACAACAUUACAAUAAACAAAAAGGCGAGCACAAGUCUCUACCAAUGUCCCCAAAUAAUGAAUAAACUAAACAUUCCCUGCAGAAGCGGAUGAGGAAGACGGACGGAUUCAUCGCAAUCACCCCGACUUUCAAC